AUUGAAUAAAUAUUUUUUUUCCAGGAGAAGGGUUUGGUCAGCAGCGUAGAAGGCAGCCGAGACGUCGAGGAGGAUUUGGCAAGAAGGAGAUCACUGGCUUCUGAUCCUCCAUGCUGCCAUCCGCACGCUCGAUCCAUCGGGAGAUCCAUCCAUCAGAUGGUUUGACAUCACAACCGUCUGCAUCUCAGCUGACUGACUCUGCCUGUAGGCAGUGGGAGAUCUCCAGCUCUGCCAUCAAGCGUCAUCUAGCUUUGCCCCCAGUCUCUGCACGGCUUCUUUCCAUCUGAAGAGGACCGGGUCUGAGCAGGAUGCAGUCCCCCCUCCACUUGUGGCCAAUGUCUGUUGGGCUGUGGGCCAUUAUGUGUCCAGUGUUCGGGGCCGCUGUCAUCUCCGGGAACCUUCCCUGUCACGACAUCGGCCCACCCAAUGUCGAUUUUGUGUUCAAACUGUACCAGCGACUGAUUUCCAAAACCCCGAACCGCAACAUCUUUUACUCGCCAGUGGGCAUCUCGUCCGCCUUGGCGACCCUCUCCUUCGGGGCCCGAUCCGACACCCAGACGCAGAUCUUGGAGAGCCUGCAAUUCCAUCUCACAGAGAUGUCACUGGAAGAGAUCCUCGAGGGCUACCAGUGCAUACAAAGCGCCCUCAAUGUACCGGGGGCACUGCCGGACACAAAGAUAGGGAGUGCUCUGUUCGUCGCCCCUGGUGCACUGCCACCACCAGCUUUCAUAGACAAGGCUGUUGAUGUAUUCGGAUCCGAGUUCAUCUAUGCAGACUUCCUGGACCCUAAGGCGGCAAAGCGUCAAAUAGACAAAUACAUCAAGGAGAGAACACUUGGCAGGAUCAAGGAUGCAACCCCCAGGCUGGACAACUGCACCUCGCCAGUCCUCGUGAGCACCCCACUCAUCGAAGGCCAAUGGGCCUUCCCCUUUGAUGGCAAUCAGACCACAGAGAAGAUGGACUUCUUCGUGGAUGACAGGACGGUCGUCAAAGUCCCUGUCAUGUACCAGAAUGGUCAGUUUAAUUUCUACCGGGAUGAAGACGUGGCCUGCACUGUGGUCAGUAAGACCUUCGUCGGCUUAUCUGGCGUCUUUUUCAUCCUUCCGGACAAAGGGAAGUUGAAGCAGGUGGAAGAGAAUAUGAGUGGAGAGCUCCUUCUCAAAUGGUUUGACAACAAAGUUCCAAGUGACGCAGAGCUGUAUGUCCCCAAGUUCUCUCUGUCGACCACCUACAAGCUGGAGGAGAUCCUCCCUGACUUGGGGAUCGAGGACCUCUUCACGCAGCGGGCUGACCUCUCUGGUCUCACCAACCAGUCAGGUGCGGCCGUCUCCAAGGUGAGGCACAGUGCCACAUUGGAAGUGAAGGAAGAUGGCCUCAUAGCAGCAGGGUCCACGAGCACAGUGGUUUCCUCAGGACUGGCAGGCACCCGGCCAGCCCCAUCAACUCUCUCCCCUCCUGUCCACUCUGAUGGUCAAAAGACAAACUAUCAGGAGGCCAUCCACUUCAACAGACCCUUCCUGAUGGGUGUUUUUCAUGAAACAGCCUUCACCACACUCUUCUGGGGAAAGGUCAUCAAUCCAGCUCUCCAUGGAGGUCUGCUGGACCCCCAGGAUGGGGUAUGACCCCUCUGAUCCAGAAAGAUCUCAACCUUGUAGCCAUGGCCCUGCUCAAUAUCCUCUGUCUCCCUCAGCUUCUCUCACCAACGAUCCUAGCCUCAAGAUGUUAGAGCAGUUGGGAUUUCUCUGGCUAAAUAAAUCUACCAUGUCAGACCAGU